AUGAAAUUCAUUCCCUCUUCUUCUAUAGCAGUUUCAAUGGAUAAUCAAUCAGUCUCAAAAGAGGAUAUCAACGAAGAACCCAAAUUCCCUAUGGAUCCAAAAUGUUACAAAGUCAUCCAAAAAAUCGGUCGCGGCAAGAACUGCACUAUCUUCAGAGCAUUUUGCAUCCCCAUGAAUUCUUAUGUCGUGAUCAAAUCCAUCAAUCAAUCUGGUCAGGGUUCCGAACCAGUCGACAACCGCCGCAAUAACUGGUCAGUUUUGCCAUCAUUCUCCGUCGCCGGCUCUCUCCGGUGCUUAAUGUUCUAUUCCUUCCCAAAUGGACUUACAGAAGCCUGUAUUGCCGUUAUUCUUAACCAAAUCUUGAAUCAGUUGUCGUCUUUGCACGCCAAUGAAACUCUUCAUCGUGACAUUAAUGCCGGAAACAUCCUUCUUGAUCAUAAAGGACAAGUUCAAUUGGCUGAUUUCAGUUACUCUUCUUCCAUAUCCGAACUGGGUUCUCUUUCUUCUUCUUGUUGGUCGUCUUCGUCGUCAUCUUCGCAGCCACCUCUGUACUGGGUUGCGCCGGAAGUGACUCAAUCUAGUGAUGGGUAUUCUGUGAAAGCAGAUAUUUGGUCAUUGGGAAUCUUAGCUCUAGAAUUAUUACACGGAAAGCCACCUCUGUUUGAAAUUGAUCAACUCUCUCAAUCUCUAAUCAAGAAAAUCAAUGAGAGGUUCUUUUUAGGGAAUUAUGAAAACUAUAAGAAAACUUCUUGUUCUGACAAGAGUUUCUCUGAAACUUUCAAGAAUCUUGUUCGAGAAUGCUUGGAACAAGAUCCUGGAAAUAGGCCUACUUUGGAGAUGUUGCAGAGACAUGUUUUCUUUCGAGAUUGUAAAUCCGCUGACUUUCUAGCCAAGAGCAUGGUGAAAGGCAAGUCUAAGCUUAUAACCAGGACAGAUGAAGAUGACAAAGAAAAGGAAGAAGUUAAAUUGAGAAUUAGUGGGUGGAAUUUAAAGGAUGAAAAAUUGGAACUUUGUCCAAUUUUGUAUAAUGUUCCAAUUGGUUUGAGAGAAACCCGACAUGUCCAAUUUGGCGGCAAAACCAUAAUCGAGGAGAAAGACAAAACCAUAAUCGAGGAGAAAGAAGUAAUGGAGGUAGAUGAACAGCCAGAGGAGGAGCUGGAGGAAGAGGAAAAUGAAGAGAAGAAGUUUGGCAAGUUUUUAGAAGUGAGUGAGAUGAUGGAUAUAAUCAGUGAGAAGAUGGAUGAGGUUAAUGAAACAACAAGUAGAGAUGAAAUAUUGGCGACACUUUAUUUUGUGAAAGAUAGCAUGGAAAAUCAGUUAUAUCAAGUGAAUAGCUUGAUCAUUACUCACGGCGGAGUGUUGCGGAAUGGGAAGUUUAAUGAACUAGCGCAGCCCUUACCGGAGCCAGACUCGGUGUUGCAGAUGAAUUAG